AUGAGGAAUGCAGUCCUGCGCGGUGUGGGCUUGCUGAACAAUACUGAAGAUACCAAUAGCAUGUCGACGAAAAGUAGUGGCUUGACGCGGACCCCGCCGCGCUUAGGCAGGAGCCGUGAGCUCAUGGCCUGGUGCAUGGACGCGUUCUGGUCGGAGGAUGUUGUUGAGGCUGGAAGUAGUUGGAGGAGGGACGGGAGCACCCGCGAAGAAGGCUAUACUCUCCGUCUUCUAAGCUCAAGGAUCAAAACAAGACGUGUGGGUAUAUCCCACGUUGUUCCGGACCUGUCUGCUGCGAAGGCAGUCACCAAGGACGCCGGGGCGAUCCAUCAUCGUCUUGCAAGUCUUGGUGGCUUGAGAUGGGCAGCGCACGAAAAGAAGCCCACAGUGCGGUGCCUAGAAUCCAUUGCUUCACCAGUGGCGAGGAGCAUUCAGCAUCUAGAUGUAGCCCUGCGCUGA